UCUAAAUCUUAUUCUUAGAGUUCUGUUGAACCGGUAUCUCAAGAAUUUGCAAGUCAACAUGCUAAUCAGCACUCUACCAAAUCCAGGACCUGUCGUCUGGCAUAAAAGAUGAAGUAAGGACUUGUGUUGCCCUCAUCUUCUCCCUGCCCUGUUGCUUCGUGAUGUCAGAACAGAAGGCCGAGUCACCAGUUAGCCCAACUCGUGGGUGGUCCACAACCUUAUUUUGGGAGGCGGUUCGUCGGAUUCUGCCCUCCAAGCCUCCCGAGAAUGGCUGUCCGUUGGAGUCCGGUCCACAUACCCUAGAUCAACCUCGCAUGGACAUCAUACAUCACCUGGCGGCAUCAGAGCCGGUUACAAGCCACGAAACCGAUAAACCAAUUGUCCUACUCGUCAUAGAUGGUCUUCCUGACCUAAGUGGUCAGAUCAAGAACAAGGGUGCCUUCGCUGACAGCAAUGGCGGAUUCAGUGAUGUAUGGAAAUGUAUCUGGGUCAACGAUAACAAGCAGGUCGCUGUGAAAGCAAUCAGGAUUCAGGGCGAUGUCAAAGACAGAGAGAAGAAGAGCAGGCGUCUAUGCAGCGAGGCAAAAAUAUGGGCGGCCCUCAAGGAUGUACACAUUUUACCGCUCCUUGGACUUACAUGGGGGUUUGGUCCUCUUCCAGCCCUAGUUUGUCCGUGGGUUGAGCAUGGCCCACUCAAUGUUUACCUGGAAUUGAAUAAAGAUCUCUCUCUGGCGCAGAGAUUCCACAUUCUCCAAGGAUUGGUAUCAGCAGUCUCAUACCUUCAUUCGCAAGAGGUCAUACACGGCGACAUCACAGGGUCGAACAUACUUAUUGACGGACGGGGAGAGCCCUUUUUAUCGGAUUUUGGCCUCUCAGUCUUGGAUGUGGAGCUCACUGGACAAUCGUACUUCACAUCCUGCAAGCCAGGGAAUGUACGAUGGGCUGCACCAGAAUUACUGAUUCCCCUGCCAGACGGAUCUUCGUGCCGUGCGUGUAUAAAGAGCGAUAUUUAUUCUGUGGGUUGUGUAAUACUGCAGGUACUUUCCGGCCGCGUGCCCUACGACACCUGGACCGAUUUUAUGGUCAUCAGUGAGAAGUUUAAGGGCGAGGAACCUCUGCGACAUCCCGAACCUCCUAUUGAUGACCGCCAUUGGCAAUUCAUGAGACGCUGCUGGCGUCAGAAGCAAGAACGAACUGUGACAGUGAAGGACGUAGCUGAAUUCAUCAAAAAAGAGUUGGACGAUGCACGGAACCUUGGCAAGCUAUAAAGUAGUUACAUUGGAUACUAUUUUUGAUCCUGUAUUCGAGUUUCUAUCAAGCGCUGAGUUAUUAGG